GAGAACUCUGCUCGUCCAUGAUGCCUUCUCCUUCAUCUCAUGAUCACGUCCUCCGCAGAUCUUUCUCCAAGCAAAGGAGCUUCCCUCGCUCCUGUAACCACUCAUACAGAUUCUACAUCAACCUACUCAUCACCCUCUUCUGCGUCUUCCUCACCCUUCUCCAGAUCCAGACUGUGAUCAGAACAUCGACGGCUCCCUUCACGUUCCCCUCCUCCUACUCCGCAUGGCCACUGCUGGCUCACCAUGUUCAUAACCUAAUCGGCGAGCUCGAGCUGAGUCAGAGGUCGACAGACGAGCCACGGGGCAAUGUCACGUUCCUCCCCCUCAAGGACCUUCGAUUCGCCGAGACCGCCAUGGUAGGCAACACUUGGUUCAUGAGCUCCGUAAAUGACACCAAGGAGAAAGGCGAGGCUGAAUACCUCUACUUCCCAUCGAAGGAGAUGGACGGCAAGCUGCUGUGCUUGGGUGGUGGUAGCGCUUCCAACGGCACCAUGAAUUCGUAUGCUUUGGCACCAGCGGAGGCUCUUCCGCCGAACGCCAAGCUGCUUUCAGGGCUGACCUUCGUGUCGGACACCUACUACAGCUACGAUAACAUAUUCCAUGGGAUAUCAGCGUUGGCGCCCUUCGUAGCAUGGCACGAGAGGAAGGCCUGCGUCAUGCCGGCCAGGUGGGUGCUGUACCAGCAAGGGGAGAUAAGAAGAAACCUAAAGAUCCCGUGGAUUCGGACCUUGAUGGAGGCCACCUUCGGUCCGAGCAUGGAGAUCGAGCAGUUCCGCAAGAGCGACGAGGGACCGAGCUGCUUCGAGCAGGCGGUGGUGUUCCGCCAUAACCAAGGAACCAUGGGUAGGGAGAGGAAGGAGAAGCUCUACGACUUGCUGAGGUGCAAUGCUCGAGCUUACUGUAACAUCACCAGGGAAGAAGAUGAUCUCAAGGCCAUAAGGCUCACGCUGCUGCUGAGGGUGGGUGCGAGGUCGUUCAAGGAUGACGACGCCGUGAUCCACAUCUUUCGGAGGGAAUGCAGGAAGGUGGAAGGUUGCAGGCUCAAGGUUGCCCACCCAAACAAUCUAACCUUCUGCGAUCAGGUGAAGCUGAUGAGCGGAACAGACAUCCUGGCGACGCCACACGGAGCCCAGCUGACCAACAUGUUCUUCAUGGACAAGAACAGCAGCGUGAUGGAGUUCUUCCCCAAGGGGUGGCUGGAGCUCGCGGGAGUUGGCCAGUACGUGUACCGCUGGUUGGCCGACUGGUCCGGAAUGCGGCACCAGGGCGCAUGGAACGACCCCCACGGCGAGCCAUGCCCUCCCGGCCUCACCACCUCGUGCUUCUCCUUCCUCAAGAACCAGCAGUUGGGACACGACGAGGCCUUCUUCUCCAACUGGACCGCGCGAGUCCUGGGCGAGACGAGGAGAUACAAGCUGCAGAAGCCAUCCACGGAAGCAGCUCAAGAACGUGAAGUCCACUGCAAGUGUGGCUAAUCCGCUCACCUUCAAACGGUGAUCGGGUAGAAGAUGCAAUAUGACGCAAGAGU